GGAGUGGGAAUUGAGAAGUGAGAAGAAGCACACACCCACCCUAUGGAUCAAAAUAGAAGGCUGUUGAUAGCACUCAUUGUAGCUUCUACUGCAUUGGGACUAAUCAUUUUAUUCUGGAUUUAUCACACAAAAAGAUUUCACACCUCAGAUGUUGUGAAGGGGAUGUGUAAAUUAAAUUUUUCCAAGUCCAGGAAAACAUUGGUUUCUUUAAUGGACUACAACAUACUUGAAUCAGCCACCAACAAAUUUCAAGAAACUGAGAUUUUAGGUGAAGGGGGUUUCGGAUGUGUAUACAAAGCUAAAUUGGAAGACAAUUUGUAUGUAGCAGUCAAGAAACUAACCCAAAAUUCCAUUAAAGAAUUCGAGACUGAGGUAGAGUUGCUGAGUCAAAUGCAACAUCUCAAUAUUAUUUCAUUGUUGGGAUAUUGCAUCCACAGUGAAACAAGAUUGCUUGUGUAUGAACUCAUGCACAAUGGAUCACUAGAAACUCAAUUACAUGGGCCUUCCCGUGGAUCAGCAUUAACGUGGCACCGCAGAAUAAAAAUUGCCCUUGAUGCAGCAAGAGGAAUAGAGUAUUUACAUGAGCAGUGCCAUCCCCCAGUGAUCCAUAGAGAUCUGAAAUCAUCUAAUAUUCUUUUAGAUUCCAACUUCAAUGCAAAGCUGUCAGAUUUUGGUCUUGCUGUGUUGGGUGGGGCUCAAAACAAAAAUAAUAUCAAGCUUUCUGGAACUUUAGGUUAUGUAGCCCCUGAAUACAUGUUAGAUGGAAAAUUAAGUGAUAAAAGUGAUGUUUAUGCUUUUGGAGUCGUACUUUUGGAGCUGUUAUUGGGAAGAAGGCCUGUAGAAAAAGAGGAACCAACUGAAUGCCAGUCUAUAGUCACAUGGGCCAUGCCUCAGCUGACAGAUAGAUCAAAGCUUCCAAACAUUGUGGAUCCUGUCAUACAAAAUACAAUGGAUUUAAAGCAUUUGUAUCAGGUUGCUGCAGUUGCUGUGUUAUGUGUUCAGCCAGAGCCAAGCUAUCGUCCCCUAAUAACCGAUGUAUUACAUUCCUUAAUCCCCCUUCUUCCCACUGAAUUAGGUGGGACGCUCCGAGUUACUACACAACAGCUGCCGCCUUCUGACAGCUGAUUCCAAUUCCAAUUAUAUAUGGUGUCUGCAAUUCGCCUCAUCACUUCUCUACACAUUUUUGGCUAUUAUAAUACAACUCACCCCAGGGGAUGUAUACUAUUAACCAUGUGUUAGGUAUAAAUAAUUGUUUAUUCAAUUUUAAUACAUCAUAUAUUUGUACUUCUAUAGAA